AUGGAUAUUGGAGAGAAGACUUAUGAUUGUUAUGAUUAUGGUAAAGUUGUUAACCAAUCUUUAAAGCUUAUUCAACAGCAGAUAAUUCAGAGUAAGAAGAAAUAUUGCAAGUAUAAUACAUGUGGAAAAGUCUUUAGUAACUCACCAAAUCGAAGUAGACAUAGGAAAGUUCAUACAGGAAGGAAACAAUUCAAAUGUCCAGCAUGUGGCCAAACCUUUAAUCAGAGUUCAUAUUUAACUGAACAUCUGGGAAUCCAUGCUGGGGAGAAUCCAUUCAAAUUUACAGAAUAUGACAAAGUGUUUAUCUGCUGUUCAUGUGUCACUCAACAUCAGCAAAUUCAUACUAGGGAGAGACCUUAUAAAUGUACAGCAUGUGGCAAGGCUUUUAAGCAAAGUUCAGCUUUAACCGAACAUCAGCGAAUCCAUACUGGGGAGAGACCUUAUAAAUGUUCAGCAUGUGGCAAGGCUUUUCAGCGGAGUUCAACUUUAACUGCACAUCAGCGAAUCCAUACUGGGGAGAGACCUUAUAAAUGUACAGCAUGUGGCAAGGCUUUUAAGUGGAGUUCCAAUUUAACUGAACAUCAGCGAAUCCAUACUGGGGAGAGACCUUAUGAAUGUAGUGCAUGUGGCCAGGCUUUUAAGCACAGUUCAACUUUAACUCAACAUCAGCGAAUCCAUACUGUGGAAAGACCAUAUAAAUGUACAGAAUGUGGCAAAGCCUUUAUCCGUUAUUCUUUUCUUACUCAACAUCAGCGAAUCCAUACUGGGGAGAGACCUUAUAAAUGUACAGCAUGUGGCAAGGCUUUUAAGCAGAGUUCAAAUUUAACUAAACAUCAGCGAAUCCAUACUGGAGAGAGGCGUUAUAAAUGUACAGCAUGUGGCAAGGCUUUUAAGCAGAGUUCAGCUUUAACUAAACAUCAGCGAAUCCAUACCGGGGAGAGACCUUAUAAAUGUACAGUAUGUGGCGAAGCCUUUUCCCAGAGUCUUUCUCGACAUCAGAGAGCAUGCGGCAGAGAAAUGUUAGAAAUGCAAGGAAUGUGGCCAAGGAUUUCCUCACAGCCAUCACCUCACUCACAAUCAGAGAAUUCAUACUGCAGAGAAAGCCUAGAAAUGAAUCACUGA